AUGGGUGACAACCUAAUUCGCAUCAAUAUCAAUGGACAUUUGACAGCUGAAGUAGCUAAACUGAGAGGCUUGAGGCAGGGGGGGAGGGAUCCGCUGUCUCCGAUUCUCUACAAUCUAGCCUUUGAAUCCUUCCUGCUGGCCAUCAUCAAUGAUCGCCAAUUCCAAGGCUACCUGAUGGGAUUUGAACGAACCAAACUCCUCUGCUACGCAGAUGAUGUCCUAGUGUUCGUCCAUGAUCGUACUGAUCUUGAUCAGUUGCAAAUCCAUAUGUCUAGGUAUUGCGGUGCCUCCAAUGCCAAAUUUAAUCACGACAAAGUGGAAGCGUUUUCGGUGUCUGGCAGGGAUACUUGGGAUUUAUGGAAGGACUCUCUGGCUGAAAUCUAUAUCAACCAUCUACAUUCGGUUGAAGAUGAUGUUCCUUUGAUCUAUCUGGGGUAUCCUCUGGUGCAAAAUCGUCUACAACGUGUUAAUUACAUGGCCUCCUUGAUAACAAAGAUCAAAAUUGCCACCCAAAUCCACUCUACUCGGUCGCUGUCGGUGGUAGGUCGAGCUACCGUUUUGAACUCUCUCUUGCUAUCAAAACUUUGGUAUAUUUUGAGAGUUACACCGUUGACGCUGGCUGAUUUCAAGCAGUUGCGAUCUCUUGCAAUCCAAUUCUUGAGAAAGAACAUCUUCCCUGUCAUCCCGUGGAAAGUUUGGACCCAUCCUAAGGAUCAAGGUGGUCUUGGCGUGAUUGACAUUCAACUACAAGCUUCGGCGUUGUACUUUCGUUGGUUGCAACCGCUGCUGGUGUAUGACCAAUCCACGGUGGAUUCUCAUCCGGUAUUGUCGCUCCCCAGUUAUCAUCUUCGAAAUGUCAAUCAAUGUCAAUAUCAUCAGCUCCCAUUGCUUUUUCCUUCGUCUCGGUAUCAGGGGUUACUGAAACAGCGCACUGGAACCGUGGAUAUGCUCUAUCGAGCGGUUGAUUCCCUUCCUCGAACCUUUGGUGCUGCCAGGCUCAAUACUGCUACUGCUAUGGUGCUAUCACUUCAUGCUGCUGUCUACAUUCCCCCCUUCUUCUUCCUUUGUGAUGCCUCUUCGUGUUAA